CCGCCGCUAGCUAUGGUGGCCAUAAACACUCGCCGAUCUCUCCAUCUCCCCCAAGAACUCACCGAAGUAAUACUGUCAAGUCUUCCGGUGAAAUCACUCCUAAGAUUCAGGUGCGUUUCGAAGUCAUGGCGCUCUUCGAUCGACAGCGAAAAAUUCAUCAAAACCCACCUCCAAAAGUCAUCGAAAAACGUAUCUUUAACGCAUCACAGGCUCAUUACUAGUAAUGUUGUCGACUCCGACAAUCCGGCGUCGCCGUUCUUAUUGUUGGAAGACUCCGUUCAUAUCGUGGGUUGCUGUAAUGGACUGGUCUGCUGCUGCAUUUUCAAGGAAGGGCGUUUUUUCUUGUGGAAUCCUGCUACCAGAAUCUCCAAGAAAUUGCCCAAAAUGCCAAUAGAAAAAGACGAUCUCCCCUGCCAGAACUAUGGGUUCGGUUGGGAUGAAUCGAGCGGUGCAUACAAGGUGUUUGUUGUUUUGAUUAGUAAGGGUUGGGUGGGUAAAGUUUAUAGUUCAAACACAAAUUCAUGGAAAACAGUUGAGUGUUUUGAUUUUUGUAACAUAUUUGGGUUUGAAGCGCAUUUUGUGAGUGGAAAGCUUCAUUGGGCGAGGAUGGAUGAGUACGUGGGUCGUUACGGGUAUGUUGAAGACAUUGCAGCGUUUGAUUUGAAGAGUGAGGAGUUUGGAGUGAUGAAGCUGCCAUGUGAGUCAGUGAUGUGGUUGGGCGUCAACGCCAACCAGGGAUGCCUUUGCGCGGUUUCUUAUGAUGAGAGAACAGAAUUUGGUGUGUGGUUAAUGAAGCAGGAUUCAUGGGUGAAUGUGAGGCAUGUUGUUUUUUAUAUGCCUUAUGAAAUUCUUCCAGUUCGUUGCGGACAUGAUACAGAGAUUUGGCGAGUUCGUCCAUUGAUUUUUGAGCUCGACGAUCCUCCAGCACAGGAUGAUGAUGAGCUUUUGCCGUUCCAGAAAAUUAGAGCUUCCACGCCGAGGCAUCUCUAUGUCGAAAGUUUAGUCUCUUUAAGCUUCCUUGCCAAAGCAUCUCUACGUCGUAAAAAGCAAAGAGUAAACGUACCAAAGCUUCCUUAGAAGUGAAUAUCCACAUUGCAAGUUUAGUCUCUCUCCAGUCUAAUAUUUCAUGCUCCAUUUUAUAUAGAAUUAUUUUUGGAUUGAUCUUACUUUUAUUGUUUUCUGAUUCAUUUGUCUAUCAUAGUUUGUGUUGGUGGUGUUUAUUUUAGCUGAUAAUGUUAGAUGGAUAAAAAUAAUGUUUGCAAAUCUGAAUGUAUUCACUGGGGAUUGGAGCUAUUGUUAUUUUU